GAUUAGGGCAUAUAAGAGGUCAAUGGAUUGGAGCUGCCGUUCUUGAGUUCUUAAUGGUCAUUGUUUACAUCUUUGAUUUGGUCCUACAACGAAAACCAGCUUAUCCCUUUGGAGUAUUGAAUUAUGAGAGCGAAGCUGCAGAGGUUACAACAAAGAUAAAUCGAGUUGUUCCUAUUGGAACACGAUUUGUCAAAUAUGAAGAAGAGGAACAGGAACCGGAACAGACCUCACCAUCAUUGCUUUAA